GCCAGGUGGCCUCAAACCCCAGCUGCAGGGCCAGGUCACCCAGUCAGCCCUCACUUGCUCUCUUUUCUUCUUCAGACUGCGCCAUGGGGCUCAGCGACGGGGAGUGGCAGUUGGUGCUGAACAUCUGGGGCAAGGUGGAGGCUGAUGUCGCAGGCCAUGGGCAGGAGGUCCUCAUCAGGCUCUUUAAGGGGCACCCUGAGACCCUGGAGAAAUUCGACAAGUUCAAGCACCUGAAGACAGAGGACGAGAUGAGGGCCUCCGAGGACCUGAAGAAGCAUGGCUGCACCGUGCUCACCGCCCUGGGAGGCAUCCUCAAGAAGAAGGGGCAUCAUGACGCGGAGCUGAAGCCCCUGGCCCAGUCGCACGCCACCAAGCACAAGAUCCCCGUCAAGUACCUGGAGGUGGGAGGCAGGGCCAGGGGCAGGUCGGGGGGAUGGAGGGAGAGGCCUGGAAGGGGUGAGAUCCCCCAGCCCAGCCACUGACAUGCUGGGCACCUA